ACACGAAAAAUACAUAUGUAUAUUCCAAAUUCCUUUCCACAGUCAAAAGGCCUUAAUGAUCUGCCACCGGCAUAGCUCUGUCACCUUUCACCUUCCAUUCUUCCCUCACUUUACACUGCUCUGGUCAGUGAUCCACGUGCUUUACUCCCUUUGUGGGACAUUUUCUCAGUCUUUUCCUGCUUUUGCUCUUUCCUAUCCUUACGUCUUGGCUUAACUGUCAGCUCUUCAGAGACCUUUUCUAACUACUUCUAACAAAAUUAUACCCUUCUUGUUUUUCUUUCGUUCGUGUUUCCUUCAACACCGAAUCGUUCGCACUCACUGAUUGGUGUAUUAACGUGUUCAGGCCGGCCGCCUCCCCAUCGGAGCUGGAACUCCGGCGAUCAAACACUGGGUUUUGAGGGGCCGUGUAUCACAUGCCAGCUUCCGGCACAGCUCCCGACACGGCGAGGCACGGAUUGACAAGCCUGAAGGCAGGACCGCCCCGCUCCGGCUUGCGGAGGAUCCCGGCGUGGAAGCGUACAGCGGUCGCCCCGCCCCUUCCGGCAGGGGCGGACGCCGGGGCAGCUCGGUGGCGGGGCCUGGUGCCGCCCCGCCCCGCUUCGCGCCUCGCCGGCCGCUGUCAGAGACGCGGCGUAUGCUGAGCUGCUGUCGCCACCGGCUGCUGCACGUUCUGGGCCCGACAUCCCCGCUGCCGACCCUCGGGCCGCUUCGCCUCUGCCCUCGCCGCCCCAUGAAGCCUCUGGUCGUGUUCGUCCUGGGCGGCCCCGGCGCCGGCAAGGGGACCCAGUGCGCGCGCAUCGUCGAGAAAUAUGGCUACACACACCUUUCUGCAGGAGAGCUUCUUCGUGAUGAAAGAAAGAACCCAGACUCACAAUAUGGUGAACUCAUUGAAAAGUACAUUAAAGAUGGAAAGAUUGUGCCAGUUGAGAUAACCAUCAGUUUAUUAAAGAGGGAAAUGGAUCAGACAAUGGCUGUCAAUGCUCAGAAGAACAAAUUUUUGAUUGAUGGGUUUCCGAGAAAUCAAGACAACCUUCAAGGUUGGAACAAGACCAUGGAUGGGAAGGCAGAUGUAUCUUUUGUUCUGUUUUUUGACUGCAAUAAUGAGAUCUGUAUUGAACGAUGUCUUGAGAGGGGAAAGAGUAGUGGUAGGAGUGAUGACAACAGAGAAAGCUUGGAAAAGAGAAUUCAGACUUACCUUCAGUCAACCAAGCCAAUUAUUGACCUGUAUGAAGAAAUGGGGAAAGUUAAGAAAAUAGAUGCUUCUAAAUCUGUUGAUGAAGUUUUUGAUGAUGUUAUGAAGAUUUUUGACAAAGAAGGUUAACCUUAAAUCUGAAAGCAUCCUUGAAAUCAUGCUUGAAUAUUGCUUUGAUAGCUGCUAUCACAACCCCCUUUUAAGGCAAUUUGAAUCUUUCAAAAUUACAUCUCAAUGUUAGGAAAUAUAUAGUAAGAAAAUUUUUUAUGUUUUUUUAUUUUUAUCACAAGAGUAGACAGUGAAUUCAGGUUUAACUUCAUCUUAGUUAUUAUGGUGCUCACAAAACAAAGAAGGGUAUCUGCUAGUUCUUUGAUUUAUUAAAAAGACUGUCUCUUUUAUAGCUUGUCCUUCUGUGAGCAAAAUAUGCAUGUAUGUCUCUUUACUAAUUGCAACAUGUUAAGGUUAGGGAUUCCCACUUCCUCUUUUUCUUGCAGCUUUUAAAUUUGCAACCCGUUAAAUGAAUUUGUGGACCAAAUUUCAAAGGAACUUUUUGUGUAGUAAGUUCUUGCACAAGAUAUUUAGUAAAAAGCUCAUAAAAUGUAUUCCUAGCAAUGUUUUAGUAUUCAUCAAGUAACUGACCAUUUCCUAUAGAAAGAUAAGACGACUUAGGCUUUGAUUUAUUGCAGCUUGUACAAAGUUGUGUGACAGGGCAUAGUUCUAGCUUCCAAAGUUUGGGUUGGGGGCACAAGGAGUUCAGAACCUGGCAGAAUUGUCAGCUAUAUUCUGACAUAAUCUGAGGGUGUGGGGCAAGGAUCACAUCUAGUGACUUGUGUUCCUUAUGCUCUAUUCAUGAUUAAACUGAUCUUAAAAAAAAUUUCUAGCAAUGAAACUUUGAAAUGCAUGUGCUAGAUUUAUGUUAAAAUGAUUCAGGUCUCAUUUUAGUAAAACUUCAAGAGGUUUUUUGUUUUGUUAUCUAGACUAAAUAUAGGGCAAGAGUAAAUUAGAAAAGGCAAUCUAAUGGUUAAAUUUCCUAUUUGUAUUUUAUUUUCUGGAAUACUUUUUUUCAUAGUUAUUUGUUUAAAAAGAUUUAAAAAUCAUUGCACUUUGGUCAGAAAGAUAAUAAAUAUAUCUUAUAAAUGUU